UCCUGACUGUCAUCCACAGGUCUGCCAGUCUCACCCACCCUGCACGGCGCGCUACGUCUUUCUUAUUUAUUUAUUUAUUUUUCCUGACGCGCGUCCCCGCCGCGAAACCCAGAGCGCUCCUCGCUCUCUCCUCUCUUCACUUCGCUUCCUCUCCUCCUCUCGACAGCAGCCAGAACUAUAGCGCAACCGUCCCCAUCAGUCUUUUCCUCCCCUCCUCCUCUUUCUCUCACCACCAGAUCUCUCUUCACUGCGUCUCUCACCCACUUGCUCCCCCCCACCCCUCCACCUCCCCGGCUCAGCCCCUCACUCCUCUGACGCACGAUAGGGAUACGGACCCCAGGAAAGAAAGAAAGACUAAAAAGAGAGAGAGAGAGAGAGAGAGAGCAGCAGCUGACCCAACCGUCGAUAUGAUUCACAGACUCAUGCCAUUGCUCCACCGGACACAGACACGGUCCUGAAGCCGAGAGGAGAACACUCUCACCCGGUUACACUGUUGUUGAGCGCUCGCCGGGGGGGCGGCGACGGCGGCGGAGGAGAAGGAGGAGGAGGAGAGGGGAGGAAGAGGAAGCGGACGGGCACAAGUCGAGGACUUGCAUUUUAAGCAAACUGCUUAGGAAAAAAAGGAGACGAGAAAGAAGGGGAGAGAGUCAGUCACCGGAGAGCGAGAGCGGAGGAGAUUGCAUUCCUAUCACGUCUUCAUUUCUCCUCUCUCCUCUCUUUUGCCUCAGCCACUGAGUGAGAGAGGGCAAGAGGAGAAGGGGAGAGAGAAAAAGAGAGAGGGAAAGAAGGAGAACGAGCAAGAGAGAGAGAGAUCUAACAAGAUUCACACUUGUGGUAUUUUUUCCCCGAUGCUUUCCAAUUGCAGUGCGAAACUAAGCCCGGCAUCGGACGGUGAGCAGGACGCACCGGGCGACGACAGAACACACCGUAGGAGGAUAUGUGAAGUUGGAAUCCCGCUAAACUAAUGCUGUGAAGUGGCUCUGUCCCUGGAGCCAAGACUUCAUCCCCUUGGUGUCAGCGAGGAUGCUGUGGGUUACCUUGCUGAGCACCAUAGCCUUAGGAUGGACCACUCCGAUCCCACUACUAGAGGACUCCGAGGAGAUUGACGAGCCCUGCUUUGAGCCCUGCUACUGCGAGGUCAAAGAGGGCAUCUUCCACGUCCAUUGUGACAGUAAAGGAUUUACAAAUGUCAGCCAGAUCUCCCAGAUAUGGAGCCGGCCUUUCAAGCUCAAUCUGCAAAGAAACUCCAUGAGGAAGCUUUACUUUAACAGCUUCCUGCAUCUCAACAAUGCCAUAUCCAUUAAUUUGGGUAAUAACGCCUUGCAAGAUAUCCACGCUGGAGCGUUCAAUGGCUUAGGAAUACUCAAACGUCUGUUUCUACAUGAAAACAAACUAGAAGUUUUUCGGAAUGACACUUUUCUUGGGUUGGAGAGUUUAGAGUAUCUCCAGGCGGACUACAAUGUUAUCAAACGGAUUGAAAGCGGUGCAUUCAGGCACCUUCACAAAUUGAGAGUUCUCAUACUAAAUGACAAUCUGAUCCCUGUGCUCCCAAAUUAUCUUUUCCGGUCUGUGUCACUCACGCAUCUGGACCUGAGAGGAAACAGACUAAAGACAUUGCCAUAUAAGGGCACACUGGAAUACGUUGGGAGGAGCUUAAUGGAAAUCCAGCUGGAGGAGAACCCCUGGAACUGUGUGUGUGAGAUUGUUCAGUUAAAAACAUGGCUGGAGAGAAUCCCUUAUACAGCCCUGGUUGGUGAGAUCACAUGUGAGUACCCAUUCCACUUACAUGGCAAAGAUUUACGGGAAAUCAAGCGCAGUGAGCUCUGUCCGCUGCUCUCCGAUGCAGAGAUUGAGGCCAAGCUAGGAAUUCCCAGAGUCCCAUUUAGCAACGAGAACACAUGGCCUACUAAACCUUCCUCCAUGCUCUCCUCCUUUCACAACACAGCCUCCUCUGUGGAAUACAAGGAAAGAGUUGUCAAGCCUACCAAACGACCUAGGCCCACAAAGAACCCCCCAACCCCUCGUAGUAUCUACCCAGGCAUGAACCAGCCCCCUAUUGCUGGUUACCAAACAAGGCCUCCCAUCCCAAUAAUUUGUCCAGCUGGAUGUACUUGCAACCUUCACAUCAAUGACCUGGGUCUAACAGUGAACUGUAAAGAGAAAGGCUUUCAUAACAUCUCUGAGCUCUUGCCUCGGCCCCUCAAUGCCAAGAAAUUGUACCUCAGUGGGAACCUAAUCCAGAAAAUCUACCGCUCUGAUUUCUGGAACUUCUCAAGUUUGGAUUUACUGCAUUUAGGGAAUAAUCGGAUAUCCUAUGUCCAGGAAGGCGCUUUUAUUAAUCUGCCAAACCUGAAAAGUUUAUAUCUGAAUGGGAAUGACAUUGAGCGACUCACUCCUGGGAUGUUUCGGGGGCUUCAAAUGUUGAGUUAUCUUUACUUUGAGUAUAAUGUUAUACGAGAGAUACAGCCUAAUUCCUUUUCUUUAAUGCCAAACCUCCAGCUGGUUUUCCUCAAUGACAACCUGUUACGCUCCCUCCCCACUGACGCCUUUGCUGGCACCAAUCUUGCACGUCUCAACCUCCGAAACAACUACUUUCUUUCCUUGCCUGUUCGUGGUGUUCUGGAGCAUCUGACCUCCAUUGUCCAGAUUGAUCUCCAUCAGAACCCCUGGGACUGUUCCUGUGAUAUCAUCCCACUCAAACAGUGGCUGGAAAAGCUCUCCUCUGUCAUUGUGGUUGGAGAUGUCAUCUGCAAGACACCUGAGUUUGCAUUUGGAAAGGACCUGCGUUCAUUGGACGUUGAGGUCAUCUGUCCUGAACUCAAAUAUUCUUCAGGCCCCUCACCAGCCUUACCUGGUGGGGAUGAUCUCACCACAGGGAGCUCUGACAUGGAGGAGGCAGGUGGUAGAGGGGCUGUCCCACUGUCCGUCCUCAUCCUCAGCCUACUCAUCCUCUUCAUCUGUGCUGUGUUUGUGGCUGCUGGGCUUUUCGCUUUUGUUCUUCGUCGCAGGAAGAAGCUGCCCUUCAGGAAACGUUCUGAGGUAGAUCUGACGGGGAUCCAAAUGCAAUGCAGGAUUUUUGAGGACCCACCAAGGCAGAGUAGUGCUGGCAACACUUGCACACCAGAGAAACCGGCUCCUAAUAUGCACGCACACACUCACACUAGUCACACACAUGCCCAUGGUCACGUUUAUGAUUAUAUCCCCCACCCUGUGACUCAGAUGUGUAACAACCCUAUCUAUAAGCCCAGAGAGGGAGAGAUAGCAGAAGAAGACAGAGGGCAGUUUUCAGAGAAGAAAGACAAUGGCAGCAGUAGCAACAGUAACUACAGAACCUUGUUAGAGAAAGAGAGAGAGUGGACCCUGGCCGUCUCCAAUUCUCAACUCAACACCAUCGUCACAGUGAACCACACCACAGCUGACAUGGCAGGAUUUCAUGAGAAUGGAGGGCUCUGCCCUACAGUUAUUGACAGUCAGAGGCCCACGCCAACAGUGGGCUUUGUAGACUGUUUAUAUGGGACAGUGCCCAAACUAAAGGACAUGCACGUGGCGCAUGCGCAUCCACCAGGCAUGCAGUACCCGGAUUUGCAGCAGGAUGCACGGCUGAAGGAGACAUUGCUUUUCACGGCAGGGAAAGGCUACCCUGACCCGUCCCAAAGCGAUUACCUCGAAUUAAGGGCCAAACUUCAAACCAAGCCGGAUUACCUCGAAGUCUUGGAAAAAUCUUACCGGUUUUAACAUCCUGAGCCCAUGGAAAAAAAAAGAAGGAAAAAACGAAACGUAAAAUCAACACAUUCACUUUACCACCCACUAAACAAAACCACCCACAACCAAUACAAAAAAAUAAUAAACUUGAAAAAGAAGCAUGGUAUAAAAUAAAAUAAAAUAAAAUAUUAUAUUACAGUUACAAGUUCCCCGCCCCCAAAUCACUUUGGAGGAGAGGCCAUUCUCAGAUAUUUCAAUGAAGUGCCUUUUUUUCAGAGUAGCCAGCAAUGUCAACAGCCGUUAUUUUUAUAACAUAUAAAUAUCUCUAUAUGCCCAAGAAAGAGCAAAAGAGGAAUGAGAGGGGCACCGGGGAAUAAAACUUACAGAACAUCCUAAAAUACAUCUGUCACUAAAACCCCUUUUUAUGGAGUUACCAUGAUAUGAAAGACACACGGGAGCGGGACGUCUCCCUGAUUUGGGGGUUUUUCUUCUGUCUCUUUUACUCCUGACUAGGAUGUACAAACACCCGGAGGCCGUGCACAUAAAGUUUGUAGGAAAAGAUCAAAAAAAGGAAAAAAUACAUAUAUUAAGAUGAACUGCAGUUUGCUGCAUGCACUCGCUUCAGUGCAGGAAGUGGGGGGAUUUACUCAGAACUACCACAUCACAUUGUGAACAGAGAUACUGCGACGCAUUUACAGUUCAGUGUUCUAUUUAAUUUUUAUAUCUGAUUAAUAUGGUUAUUACUAUAAAUGAGGACUUCUGUCAAUAUCAGGGUGCUUCUCGUAAAAAGGACGCGCCGACGUACGGAUGGUAAAACAUUUGUGAAUAUUAUUAUAAGACAACGCUCAAGGUUUUCUGGAUAUUUCCACGCACUUUGUUGACACCCUUCCCCCCCUUCCAUUGCUUCUGGAUUUCCCAUUGUCAUCCACUAACGGCUUUGUAGGAAGCACUUUUAAUGUUUUCUCUCACAAAGAUUUGAAGAAAAAUGUGCAUAUAUUUAUUCUGUAAUUUCAGUGAAGAAUUUAAUUGUAAAGGUAAUGUUAAAUCAAUGUAUAGUGAUUAUGCGUCUGGUAUAGCCUUCUUAAUAAAAACAAACUCUUCAAUCAAAUGAUGAAAGGGUUGAUGCCACGGGAACCUGUGUGUGGAGCACUUCCAACAGGCUGUGUAUUUGUGGUCUUGUUAAAGUAGCGUGUUGAAGCUGUGACUAACCAUCUUGAGGUCAUGCUGCUGGAAAUGGUGGAAUAGCUGCUGAUCCAAUAGGGUGCUAGACAGGAAUGUAGUGGGGGACAAGAUCAUUUAAACUCAGUUUAGCUCUUCAUUAUUUUCAAAUUAGUAUAGAAAUGGAUUUAAGAAAUAGGAAAAAAUUUUAUUUUUUUCCUGGAAAAAUAUAAUUUUUUCUUUUUACUGUUGAUAGUUUGUCCUGUGAUCUUCACCUGCUGGAUAUCAUCACGCACAGUUUUUAUAUGCCACUACAUUGCUUGUCCUAGUUGGAUGUAAUCUGAAGGGAAAAGAUAAAGAAAUCAAGUGAAGUGAAUUCUGCUGGUUUUGAAGUAGAUGAUGUGACAGGAUAUACCAAAUCAGCGAGGCACACUGCAAUUUCAAUUAUCUAAACGGGUAUUGCUGAUGUAGGCUAAUAACAAGUAAUUGAGAGUGAGAGAAGUCGCUCUUUGAAUUUGCAUAUCUAAUUUUUCUGACUCCCUCUUAAGUAGCAGUGUGGAUUCAGUCCACUGGAGGGCGAUAAAAAAGGCGUUCAAAUUCAUUGGGCAUUUAGUAGAUUGGAUGCAGUUACAGUAUAAUGUAAUGCACAAAAUGCUUAUCCUAAGAAGUCAUUAAGUCUCAUAUUCAGUCUUAUUUUGUAAAUAUAAUUAUAUUUUGUAAAACAUAAAAAUUCUACAAGUUACAUAAAAUAAUUUUCUUUUCAGUGCAGUUUCAUCUACUUCCUGCUCAUUCUUUUCUUUGCCCUUGCUUUAUUUCAACCAGUAGUCUGGAAAAUGGCAGAAUAAAGGAGACCACGUCUAGCUGUAUUCACAAAUUAUUUUCAAAAAAGAAAACAAUCUUGAAACAUUUUUACAUCUUGGUAUAUCCAUUUUUGGAUUGUUGGUUACUAACAUUUUUUGCAAUGAAAUCCCAAGUGGUAAUUUAAUCCUCAACAGUGAAUGUUUAUUCCUGUGAAAUCUCUGAUAUUUUAUAUUUCAAUAUCCUAGCCUGAUCAUUUUUGGGUCCAAAAAUUACAAGCAGACAAAAAAAAACAAACAAACUAAAAAAAACAAAACAAAACAAACUAAACAAAAAACAAAAACAAAAAAAAAAAACAAGGUUGACGCAGCUUUGGAGUAAAUAUGGUGUUAAAGUACACAUCAUCAUAGCACUAUUUUUUUUCUCUUACCUUAAGGUGACAUUUUAAUUUGGGAAAAAUAUGAUGCAAUCUUGAUGUCUAUGAAUUUGUGAACAUCUAUGGAGAGGAGGGUGCAUUCCUGUUCUGUUUUAAAUGAGCAUGACAUAUGAUUUGCUCUGAUUUUGGUAGGUUUAUUAAGAGUGGUGAUCCUCAGUUGCAAUUGGGUGGUACAGUUUCUCAGAUGUGUCAACUUACAAUAAGUAGAAGAUAUAAGAUAUGUAGCAAACCACAUACUUCUCUGUUAAACGGGAAGGCUCUUAGCUAAUCUAGUCUAGUCAUCUCCAGUAUUUAUCAUCAGUGGUACAGCCUUUAAGCUUGCGUGAUAUGGAACUCUUUACCUUGUGUUGUAUUCAUUGUUUCAUUUCUUUGACUGUUGCUCAACGGAGUGGAGGUCACCUUCAUAUAAAGCCUCUGUAAGCUUCGUGGCAUUGCGUCAAGGCUCUUUGUUGGACUUGCAGAAAGUUUCUCAGUGCUGUACCCUCAUGUUCUGCUGCCCCACCUCAUUUGUCUACUCACUUUACUUAUUCACUCACACACAGUCAUGUACACACACAUACACACACACACACACACACACAGGCUUCUUUUCCCUGACCAAGAGGUUAGACUAUAUGGUCAGCAUUUUUUAUUUAGUGUGCACUCAGUUUGAUUAAAAACAUAAUGCAUUACUCUGUUAACCUCAACCCUCACCAUCAACCCCAAACCCCAGAUGAAUAAAUAAAUAAAUAAAGUUUUGCGAUCAUUGAUGAUUUUGCUAUAGUCCCAUAUCUUGGUAGCCUUUUAUCCUCCGCUUCUGUCACCCACCCACCACAAUAUUUCACAAUAUGGGCUUUGUCCCAUUAUACAGUGCUGACUGGUUUUAUCCCAAUAAAUCCUCUUGUUAUCCUGCACUAACAUCUCCAAGUGAUUUCAUACUUUGGUGGAAUAUUAGGUGGGGGCAACCAAUGGGAUUUAAGGUUGGCUAAAUGUGUCUUUUGUGUGUGUGUGAUAUGUAAACAUGCACUCUCUUGUUUCAUUCUUUCACAUCAGUGAUAUUUGAAUUUUGCAGUGGAGUUCACCUUUUCUGCAACAUCUCUCUUGAGGUUUGUACUCUGGCAAGACUUCAGCGCGGUAAAUGCAGUGUGUGCCUUUCUUUCAGUCCUUUGCUUUCUCUGUCUCUGUGCCACCCCCACCCCUUCUAUAUUAUUGUCUAUUGUCUAAUUCUGUAUUUC